AUGGCGCCGCCCGGGCGCGGAGGGGGCGUGUCCGGCGCUGCCCCCGCCCCCUUUGCCCGGCCCCGCCCAGCCCGCCGCGGCCGCCGGACACAGGCGCAAGAUGGCGGCUCCCAGGGCGGCGUGAGGGACCUGCCGCUGCCGCGCUCCGCCCGCAGCCGCUGCCCCGCGCCGGGACCCGCCAGCGCCCGACACAACCUCGAGGCCGCCGCCAACCGCGAGCGGCCGAGGGGCCGGAGGGGAGGCGGCCGAGGGGCCGCGGUGAGCGGGGGAGGCGGACAGGCAGCGGGGCGCAUGGCAGGCCUGGGCGGGGGGUCCUCCGCGGGCUCCCCGGCCCCCGCGCUGCAGCCGCGCUGGAAGCGGGUGGUGGGCUGGGCCGGGCCGGUGCCCAGGCCCCGCCACGGGCACAGGGCCGUGGCCAUCAAGGAGCUCAUCGUGGUCUUCGGGGGCGGCAACGAGGGCAUCGUGGACGAGCUGCACGUCUACAACACGGCCACCAACCAGUGGUUCAUCCCCGCGGUGAGGGGGGACAUCCCCCCCGGCUGUGCCGCCUACGGCUUCGUGUGUGACGGGACCCGGCUCCUGGUUUUUGGGGGGAUGGUGGAGUACGGCAAGUACAGCAACGACCUCUACGAGCUACAGGCCAGCCGGUGGGAGUGGAAGCGACUGAAGGCGAAGACCCCCAAAAAUGGGCCCCCCCCCUGCCCCCGCCUGGGCCACAGCUUCUCCCUGGUGGGCAACAAGUGCUACCUGUUCGGGGGGCUGGCCAACGACAGCGAGGACCCCAAAAACAACAUCCCCCGGUACCUGAACGACCUGUACGUGCUGGAGCUGCGCCCGGGCUCGGGGGUCCUGGCCUGGGACAUCCCCAUCACCUACGGGGUCCUGCCCCCGCCCCGCGAGUCCCACACGGCCGUGGUGUACACGGAGAGGGACGGCCGGAGAUCCCGCCUCGUCAUCUACGGGGGCAUGAGCGGCUGCAGGCUGGGAGACCUGUGGACCCUCGACAUUGAGACGCUGACGUGGAACAAGCCGAGCCUGAGCGGGGUGGCCCCCCUGCCCCGCAGCCUCCACUCGGCCACCACCAUCGGCAACAAGAUGUACGUGUUUGGGGGGUGGGUGCCCCUGGUCAUGGACGACGUGAAGGUGGCGACGCACGAGAAGGAGUGGAAAUGCACCAACACCUUGGCCUGCCUGAACCUGGACUCGAUGUCGUGGGAGCCGCUGGUGCUGGAGACGCUGGAGGACAACGUGCCCCGCGCCCGCGCCGGGCACUGCGCCGUGGCCAUCGCCACCCGCCUCUACAUCUGGAGCGGCAGGGACGGCUACAGGAAGGCCUGGAACAACCAGGUGUGCUGCAAGGACCUGUGGUACCUGGAGACAGAGCGCCCCCCGGCCCCGGGCAGGGUGCAGCUGGUGCGUGCCAACACCACGUCGCUGGAGGUGAGCUGGGGCGCGGUGCCCACAGCCGACUCGUACCUGCUGCAGCUCCAGAAGUACGAGCUGCCCGCCGCCCCGCGCCCGCCCCCGUGCCCUCCGUGCCGCCAACCCCCCAAGAGCCCCGCGCCCGCCGCCCCCGCGCCGCCCGCGCCCGCGCUGCCCCCGCCCCGUGCGGCUGCACUGCUAGCCGCCGCCCCCCGCCCGCUGCCCUCAGAACCCUCAGCGCCCCUGGCUGCGGCUGCGGGGGCAGGGAGGCAGCGGGGGGUCCCGGCGGUGCUGAAGGUGGCAGAGGACCCCCUCGCGGCCGCGGGGCCCCCCCUGGUCACCGUGCGCUCGGCGGGGCCCGGCAAGGCCCCGGUGACGGUGACGUCCCUGCCCGCGGGGGUACGCAUGGUGGUGCCCACCCAGAGCCCCCAGGGCACGGUGAUCGGCAGCAGCCCCCAGAUGAGCGGCAUGGCCGCCCUGGCCGCCGCCGCGGCCGCCACGCAGAAGAUCCCGCCGGCGUCGGCGCCCACCGUGCUCAGCGUCCCCGCGGGGGCCACCAUCGUCAAGACGGUGGCCGUGACCCCCGGGACCACCACCCUGCCCGCCACCGUCAAGGUGGCCUCGUCACCCGUCAUGGUGAGUAACCCGGCCACGCGGAUGCUGAAGACGGCGGCGGCCCAGGUGGGCACGGCGGGGGGCGGGACCCCCGCCAGCAACGCGGCCACGCGGCCCAUCAUCACCGUGCACAAAUCCGGCACCGUCACCGUGGCGCAGCAGGCUCAGGUCGUCACCACCGUCGUGGGCGGCGUCACCAAGACCAUCACCCUGGUCAAGAGCCCCAUCUCCGUCCCGGGGGGCAGCGCCCUGAUCUCCAACCUGGGCAAGGUGAUGUCGGUGGUGCAGACGAAGCCGGUGCAGAGCUCGGCUGUCACGGGGCAGGCGUCCAGCGGGCCUGUCACCCAGAUCAUCCAGACCAAGGGGCCUCUCCCCGCCGGGACCAUCCUGAAGCUGGUGACGUCGGGGGAGGGGAAGCCCACCACCAUCCUGACCACCACGCAGGCGGGCGGGGGCCAAGCCCCCACCAUCCUGGGCAUCAGCAGCGUGUCCCCCAGCACCACCAAGCCCGGGACCACCACCAUCAUCAAGACCAUCCCCAUGUCGGCCAUCAUCACCCAGUCGGGGGCUACUG